GUGUACUGUGUGCGCCGGGGAGGCGCCGGCUUGUACUCGGCAGCGCGGGAAUAAAGUUUGCUGAUUUGGUGUCUAGCCUGGAUGCCUGGGUUGCAGGCCCUGCUUGUGGUGGCGCUCCACAGUCAUCCGGCUGAAGAAGACCUGUUGGACUGGAUCUUCUCGGGUUUUCUUUCAGAUAUUGUUUUGUAUUUACCCAUGAAGACAUUGUUUUUUGGACUCUGCAAAUAGGACAUUUCAAAGAUGAGUGAAAAAAAAUUGGAAACAACUGCACAGCAGCGGAAAUGUCCUGAAUGGAUGAAUGUGCAGAAUAAAAGAUGUGCUGUAGAAGAAAGAAAGGCAUGUGUUUGGAAGAGUGUUUUUGAAGAUGACCUCCCCUUCUUAGAAUUCACUGGAUCCAUUGUGUAUAGUUACGAUGCUAGUGAUUGCUCUUUGCUGUCAGAAGAUAUUAGAGACAGGGUCUUGAACUUUUACCCAGGCUGAAGUGCAGUGAUGCGAUCAUAGCUCACGCUAACCUUGAACUCCUGGACUCAAGUGAUCCUCCUGCCUCAGCUUCCUGAGUAGGUGGGACUACAGCAUGAGUCUAUCAGAUGGGGAUGUGGUGGGAUUUGACAUGGAGUGGCCACCAUUAUACAAUAGAGGGAAACUUGGCAAAGUUGCACUAAUUCAGUUGUGUGUUUCUGAGAGCAAAUGUUACUUGUUCCACAUUUCUUCCAUGUCAGUUUUUCCCCAGGGAUUAAAAAUGUUGCUUGAAAAUAAAGCAGUUAAAAAGGCAGGUGUAGGAAUUGAAGGAGAUCAGUGGAAACUUCUACGUGACUUUGAUAUCAAAUUGAAGAAUUUUGUGGAGUUGACAGAUGUUGCCAAUAAAAAGCUGAAAUGUACAGAGACCUGGAGCCUCAACAGUCUGGUUAAACACCUCUUAGGUAAACAGCUCCUGAAAGACAAGUCUAUCCGCUGUAGCAAUUGGAGUAAAUUUCCUCUCACUGAGGACCAGAAACUGUAUGCAGCCACUGAUGCUUAUGCUGGUUUUAUUAUUUACCGAAAUUUAGAGAUUUUGGAUGAUACUGUGCAAAGGUUUGCUAUAAAUAAAGAGGAAGAAAUCCUACUUAGCGACAUGAACAAACAGUUGACUUCAAUCUCUGAGGAAGUGAUGGAUCUGGCUAAGCAUCUUCCUCAUGCUUUCAGUAAACUGGAAAACCCACGGAGGGUUUCUAUCUUACUAAAGGAUAUUUCAGAAAAUCUAUAUUCACUGAGGAGGAUGAUAAUUGGGUCUACUAACAUUGAGACUGAACUGAGGCCCAGCAAUAAUUUAAACUUAUUAUCCUUUGGAGAUUCAACUACUGGGGGAGUACAACAGAAACAAAUUAGAGAACAUGAAGUUUUAAUUCACGUUGCAGAUGAAACAUGGGACCCAACACUUGAUCAUUUAGCUAAACAUGAUGGAGAAGGUGUACUUGGAAAUAAAGUGGAACGAAAAGAAGAUGGAUUUGAAGAUGGAGUAGAAGACAACAAAUUGAAAGAGAAUAUGGAAAGAGCUUGUUUGAUGUCGUUAGAUAUUACAGAACAUGAACUCCAAAUUUUGGAACAGCAGGCUCAGGAAGAAUAUCUUAGUGAUACUGCUUAUAAAUCUACUGAGCAUUUAUCUCCCAAUAAUGAUGAAAACGAUACGUCCUAUGUAAUUGAGAGUGAUGAAGAUUUAGAAAUGGAGAUGCUUAAGUCUUUAGAAAACCUCAACAGUGGCACGGUAGAACCAACUCAUUCUAAAUGCUUAAAAAUGGAAAGAAAUCUGGGUCUUCUUACUAAAGAAGAAGAAGAAGAUGAUGAAAAUGAAGCUAAUGAAGGGGAAGAAGAUGAUGAUAAGGACUUUUUGUUGCCAGCACCCAGUGAAGAGCAAGUUACUUGCCUCAAGAUGUACUUUGGCCAUUCCAGUUUUAAACCAGUUCAGUGGAAAGUGAUUCAUUCAGUAUUAGAAGAAAGAAGAGAUAAUGUUGCUGUCAUGGCAACUGGAUAUGGAAAGAGUUUGUGCUUCCAGUAUCCACCUGUUUAUGUAGGCAAGAUUGGCCUUGUUAUCUCUCCCCUUAUUUCUCUGAUGGAAGACCAAGUGCUACAGCUUAAAAUGUCCAACAUCCCAGCUUGCUUCCUUGGAUCAGCACAGUCAGAAAAUGUUCUAACAGAUAUUAAAUUAGGUAAAUACCGGAUUGUAUACGUAACUCCAGAAUACUGUUCAGGUAACAUGGGCCUGCUCCAGCAACUUGAGGCUGAUAUUGGUAUCACGCUCAUUGCUGUGGAUGAGGCUCACUGUAUUUCUGAGUGGGGGCAUGAUUUUAGGAAUUCAUUCAGGAAGUUGGGCUCCCUGAAGACAGCACUGCCAAUGGUUCCAAUCAUUGCACUUACUGCUACUGCAAGUUCCUCAAUCCGGGAAGACAUUGUACGUUGCUUAAAUCUGAGAAAUCCUCAGAUCACCUGUACUGGUUUUGAUCGACCAAACCUGUAUUUAGAAGUUAGGCGAAAAACAGGGAAUAUCCUUCAGGAUCUGCAGCCAUUUCUUGUCAAAACAAGUUCCCACUGGGAAUUUGAAGGUCCAACAAUCAUCUACUGUCCUUCUAGAAAAAUGACACAACAAGUUACAGGUGAACUUAGGAAACUGAAUCUAUCCUGUGGAACAUACCAUGCGGGCAUGAGUUUUAACACAAGGAAAGACAUUCAUCAUAGGUUUGUAAGAGAUGAAAUUCAGUGUGUCAUAGCUACCAUAGCUUUUGGAAUGGGCAUUAAUAAAGCUGACAUUCGCCAAGUCAUUCAUUACGGUGCUCCUAAGGACAUGGAAUCAUAUUAUCAGGAGAUUGGUAGAGCUGGUCGUGAUGGACUUCAAAGUUCUUGUCACGUCCUCUGGGCUCCUGCAGACAUUAACUUAAAUAGGCACCUUCUUACUGAGAUACGUAAUGAGAAGUUUCGAUUAUACAAAUUAAAGAUGACGGCAAAGAUGGAAAAAUAUCUUCAUUCUAGCAGAUGUAGGAGACAAAUCAUCUUGUCUCAUUUUGAGGACAAACAAGUACAAAAAGCCUCCUUGGGAAUUAUGGGAACUGAAAAAUGCUGUGAUAAUUGCAGGUCCAGAUUGGAUCAUUGCUAUUCCAUGGAUGACUCAGAGGAUACAUCCUGGGACUUUGGUCCACAAGCAUUUAAGCUUUUGUCUGCUGUGGACAUCUUAGGCGAAAAAUUUGGAAUUGGGCUUCCAAUUUUAUUUCUCCGAGGAUCUAAUUCUCAGCGUCUUGCCGAUCAAUAUCGCAGGCACAGUUUAUUUGGCACUGGCAAGGAUCAAACAGAGAGUUGGUGGAAGGCUUUUUCCCGUCAGCUGAUCACUGAGGGAUUCUUGGAAGAAGUUUCUCGGUAUAACAAAUUUAUGAAGAUUUGCAUCCUUACGAAAGAGGGUAGAAAUUGGCUUCAUAAAGCUAAUACAGAAUCUCAGAGCCUCAUCCUUCAAGCUAAUGAAGAAUUGUGUCCAAAGAAGUUUCUUCUGCCUAGUUCAAAAACUGUAUCUUCGGGCACCAAAGAGCAUUGUUAUAAUCAAGUACCAGUUGAAUUAACUACAGAGAAGAAGUCUAACUUGGAGAAGUUAUAUUCUUAUAAACCAUGUGAUAAGAUUUCUUCUGGGAGUAACAUUUCUAAAAAAAGUAUCAUGGUACAGUCACCAGAAAAAGCUUACAGUUCCUCAGAGCCUAUUAUUUCGGCACAAGAGCAGGAGACUCAGAUUGUGUUAUAUGGCAAAUUGGUAGAAGCUAGGCAGAAACAUGCCAAUAAAAUGGAUGUUCCCCCAGCUAUUCUGGCAACCAACAAGAUACUGGUGGAUAUGGCCAAAAUGAGACCAACUACGGUUGAAAACGUAAAAAGGAUUGAUGGUGUUUCUGAAGGCAAAGCUGCCAUGUUGGCCCCUCUGUUGGAAGUCAUCAAACAUUUCUGCCAAACAAAUAGUGUUCAGACAGACCUCUUUUCAAGUACAAAACCUCAAGAAGAACAGAAGACGAGUCUGGUAGCAAAAAAUAAAAUAUGCACACUUUCACAGUCUAUGGCCAUCACAUACUCUUUAUUCCAAGAAAAGAAGAUGCCUUUGAAGAGCAUAGCUGAGAGCAGGAUUCUGCCUCUUAUGACAAUUGGCAUGCACUUAUCCCAAGCGGUGAAAGCUGGCUGCCCCCUUGAUUUGGAGCGAGCAGGCCUGACUCCAGAGGUUCAGAAGAUUAUUGCUGAUGUUAUCCGAAACCCUCCCGUCAACUCAGAUAUGAGUAAAAUUAGCCUAAUCAGAAUGUUAGUUCCUGAAAACAUUGACACGUACCUUAUCCACAUGGCAAUUGAGAUCCUUAAACAUGGUCCUGACAGCGGACUUCAACCUUCAUGUGAUGUCAACAAAAGGAGAUGUUUUCCCAGUUCUGAAGAGAUCUGUUCAAGUUCUAAGAGAAGCAAGGAAGAAGUAGGCAUCAAUACUGAGACUUCAUCUGCAGAGAGAAAGAGACGAUUACCUGUGUGGUUUGCCAAAGGAAGUGAUACCAGCAAGAAAUUAAUGGACAAAACGAAAAGGGGAGGUCUUUUUAGUUAAGCUGGCAAUUACCGGAACAAUUAUGUUUCUUGCUGUAUUAUAAGAGGAUAGCUAUAUUUUAUUUCUGAAGAAUAAGGAGUAGUAUUUUGGCUUAAAAAUCAUUCUAAUUACAAAGUUCACUGUUUAUUGAAGAACUGGCAUCUUAAAUCAGCCUUCCGCAAUUCAUGUAGUUUCUGGGUCUUCUGGGAGCCUACGUGAGUACAUCACCUAACAGAAUAUUAAAUUAGACUUCCUGUAAGAUUGCUUUAAGAAACUGUUACUGUCCUGUUUUCUAAUCUCUUUAUUAAAACAGUGUAUUUGGAAAAUGUUAUGUGCUCUGAUUUGAUAUAGGUAACAGAUUAGUAGUUACAUGGUAAUUAUGUGAUAUAAAAUAUUCAUAUAUUAUCAAAAUUCUGUUUUGUAAAUGUAAGAAAGCAUAGUUAUUUUACAAAUUGUCUUUACUAUCUUUUAAAGAAGCUCUUAAAUACGUUCUUAAAUGGUAUUAGUUGACCAGGGCAGUGAAAAUGAAACCACAUUUUGGGUGCCAUUAAAUAGGGAAAAAACAUGUAAAAAAUGUAAAAUGGAUACCAAUUGCACUAGGCAAGUGUAUAUUUUGUAUUUUAUAUACAAUUUCUAUUAUUUUUCAAAUAAUAAAACAAUGUUUUUCAUACUGAA